CAAAUCUCUGAUGUUCCACCGUAUGCAACACCGCAUAAGAUCAAACCCCUAAAAGACCAAACCAUGAAAAAACUAAAAGAAAAGUAUCCCUAUAAAAAUCCAACCUUUUUUCUCACUUUCCACUUUCUCUACACUUUCUCUCUCUACAAUUUCUCUCUCUACCAUGGCUCUUCAACUAUGGUCCACUCUCAAAGAAGCCAUAGUUGUCUACACAGGACUCUCCCCAACAACAUUCUUUACUGUUCUCGCCAUUCUCUUUGCUCUUUACUAUAUCGUAACGAGUCUCUUUGGUUCCAACGAUACUCACCAACGCCAUGGAACCUCACGUGACUUUGAUGCUCAGAUGGAGCCUCUUAAACCACCGGUUCAGAUCGGUGAAGUUACAGAAGAAGAGCUUAAAGAGUAUGAUGGGAAUAAUCCUGAAAAGCCUCUUCUUAUGGCUAUUAAGGGUCAGAUCUAUGAUGUUUCACAAAGCAGGAUGUUUUAUGGACCCGGCGGACCUUACGCUCUAUUUGCGGGUAAGGACGCUAGCAGAGCUUUAGCAAAGAUGUCUUUCGAAGAGAAAGACCUAACCGGCGACAUAUCUGGUCUCGGUCCAUUUGAGCUUGAGGCAUUACAAGAUUGGGAAUACAAGUUUAUGGGAAAGUAUGUAAAAGUUGGAACCAUCAAAACAACGGUUCCGGUGACCGAACCUGAAUCCACUGGUGAACCUUCCGAAUCUACUUCUCGUGAUGUCGAUGCUUCCAACCCUAAUGAAAACAACCAUGAAGCAGAAGCUUCUAAGCCUCAUGAAAAUACACCUUCAGAAACUGAAACUGCAGCUGUUAAAAGUGAUGAAACACCUUCAAAUGUUGAUGCAGAUAAAGAGUAACAAUGAAGGGUUGGAUAAUUAUCAAAUAAUGGAAACAAAUACAUAGGAGCUUCUGAUACACAAGAUUGAUCCUUUGUGAGUGUGUUCAGCAUAUAUAGGCUCCUCCUCUUGCACUUGAACUUGGGCUUAAAUAUAAUUUAGUUUUAUGUAAAAUGAAUUAGUGUUUAAAUUAUGUUGUUGGGUUUGAACUUGCUUGUGUUUUCUACAAGAUAUUUGUUAGUUAAUUAAGAGGCAAACAAAUGAACUUCUGUGAUCAUAUACUAAGCCAAGUAUUCAGUGCAUUUGGUAUGUAUUUGGUAAUCAAUGAAUCUGUUUAUAUGCUGUGGC